ACACCGCCUCGCCGUUGAAUUGAGUUUCCACCACCACUGCACACUUCAUUCUAGAAGGAAGUUUUCUUUUUCGUUUGCAUUCGUGUUCCAUCAUCUCAGUUCUCAUCACCACAGCUCCGCAGCAUCCAUCUCAGCUUCGCAAAUCGCAGUCUCCAUGGCAGCUUUGCGUCUCCACCUUAGAUUAGUCGUCGGUCACCGCCAUCCCGUUGCAGUUCUGUCUGAGUUGCCCCACAACUCGUGCUUUGCUUCUCAGUUCUCACUUGCUCUCUCUCUCUCCCAGAUUGGUUCCCUAUUGCUGUCAUCAUUGCCUACGCUGUCUUCUUGCAGGUCUAUUCCUACUAUUCACUGCCUACAUACACUGUUUUAUAUGUUGAUGAUUCUUCUGUAUAGUCACUGGUUUUUUAUCUUUAAGCUUUUAGAGUUGGGAAUAGCAUCUGGUAGAGAUAGGACUCAAGGAGGCAAUGCAGAAAAUAUAGCUCAAGCAGUUGUUAUUAUAGAGGCUGAGCACGAAGCAAACUUGAGUGAUUGGCAAAUGAGUGAAAACACCCAAGUAAAUUUGGAAGAGACGGAAAUUGAAUAUGAAGUUGAUUCUCAAUGCUGCAGCUGCAAGUUCUUCAUCUACCAAAAAAAGAAUAAAAGAAAAAGAGGGAGCAAAAGUGAGGAAGUGCUUGACAUAAUAGCAGAAUCAAUUAGAGAUAUGAAAGGUGCUUAUCAAGAACGCACAGCCGUUCUAGUUGAUAUGGUUUCUUGUUUUAAGCAUGCGAAAGAGAGAGCUGAGCGUAAAAUGAAGCUAAUGGCAUUAUUGAGGGAUGCUCCUGGUUUUGGUGUUGAAGAUAGAAUGAAGGCCGCCCUUAGCAUUGCAAGGAACAAUAAUCUAAUUGACAUUGUGUUCCAACUUCAACCUGAAGAACUAUUAUCACUUUUGAAAAUAUUGAUUUAAAUCUGGUUAUUUUUGGAUUUUUAUGGAUUAUUAGGUUUUCAGUUUUUAAUACAUGUGUUUAGAAUGGUUGGGAUUUGUUUUAUAUAAGUUCAACUAUGAAUUAUGAGAUGAAUUAUGAGAUUUUUGAAAUUUU